AUGUUUCUCCUCGUGUUGUUGUUUUGCUUUCCACUGAUUUCUUGUUCGAUUCACUUGCGCAGCGACCAAAAAAACUGCAAAAUCUCGGCACAAAAAGCAUGUCUUCACCUAAUAGAGACCCUGAAAGUGAUGCCCUAGCUCUUCUAGCGCUUAAAGCAAGUAAACCCUCAGUCAACAGGCCGAUGUGGUCUCCGGUCAACACAGUUACUCCCAUCGCAAAACUUGAAGGCCGCGAGUUCGAGUACCUCGUACGCCAAAACAGAAUUAUUAUCGGGAGAAACAGCAGUUUGGGAAGCGUGGAUGUCAACAUGGGUCACUCCAGCUUUGUUUCCAGAAGGCAUUUGGAAAUCAAAUUUGAUUCGCCGAGCUUUUAUUUGUCGUGCAACGGUAAAAAUGGGAUAUUUGUCGAUGGAGUUUUCCAACGUCGAGCAGCACCUCCUAUGAAACUACCAUCCAGCUGUGUUUUGAGGUUCCCCUCUACUAACGUAAAAAUUCGAUUCACGUCGUUGGUGACAGAAAACACACCGCGCCGAGUUCCAAGUCCGCCAAAAUCUAAACUACUUGCACCGCUAAAAAUCAAUAUUCCCGACCAUGAUGCGCCUAUGUCUUCCCCACUUCCUUCUCCUACGGGCACUAUAAGUGUCCCAAACUCCUGCCCAGCAAGUCCUAGCAAUCGUGACACCCACUUUGAGUCCAACUUACACGCCGUGGCCGAAUAUGCAGUCCAGGCUGCCUCUUCCGCUGGGUCUAGUGUGUCAUGUGACAAGUCCAGCACAAGCAGCGAGGGUGGAAAAAGUGAGGAUGGCAAGCCCCCCUACUCCUACGCCCAGCUGAUUGUCCAGGCCAUUCUGUCCGCAACUGAUAAACAGCUGACUUUGAGUGGCAUUUACGCCCACAUCACAAAGAACUACCCUUAUUAUCGCACUGCAGACAAAGGGUGGCAGAACUCCAUCCGUCACAACUUGUCUCUGAAUCGGUACUUUGUCAAGGUACCGCGGGCACAGGAUGAGCCAGGCAAAGGCUCUUUCUGGAGGAUUGACCCGUCUUGUGAGCAGAAACUUGCGGAACAGGCAUUCAGAAAGAGAAGGCAACGUGGUGUACCUUGUUUCAGGCCUCCAUUCGGAACUGUUGCUGCCUGCAGGUCUGCACCUGUGUCACCAACACAUGGACUCCGCCUUCCUCCCCCCUCAACCCCACCCACCCCUCACUCUAGAGAGAGCUCGCCUACCCAUAACAUGCCGCAACCUGAAGCGCCCAGUAGCAAUCUGUCUACCAACAACAACAACAACAACGCCAGCAUAUCUGCCUCACCACAACGCCAGUCUCCCAACACGCCGCAAAAUACCCAGUCGAUGCAGCAAAAGUUUGCCUUCCACAACAUCUCCACUACUAAAGCUCUCCCAGCCUCUGCAUUCCCAGUUAGUGUGAUCAAGUCAGCUGGGGAGCCAGUGCGCUAUUCUGACGGAAACGAUGGGGAGAAGAAUGGGCUCUCUCAGUCGUCAUCUGAGGACUCACCCGGAUGCAGUCCUAAGACAGUGGUGAAGGACCCUUCAGAUGUCAAGCCUGUUAUCACCUCUGCUGGUGAAGUGCUAGCAAUGAAGGUCCCUACUUCUUUUGGAGUCAACAUAAGUGCCGCUGGUGUAUUGACUCCAGCACCUACACCUACCAAUGUCUCGCCAACUGGCCACGAGCCACCUCCAAAACACACCCUACCUAAACUGCCAACGCCCAUCAUGGUCAGCAAUAUUGCCGCCUUGACUCCCGAGUCAUCACCAUUGGGCGUCCUGUCGCCGUCAGCUACUACAGCUGCUGUCACCAUGGUGAUGAGCAAUGCCAAACGCAUACUGACCACCUCGCAAGCUAUGGAUGGGAGCAGUGAGCCUGAUAUCAAGAGAGUGAAGACGGAAUGCCAACAGGUUGGCAGUGAGAGCACAGGAAAAUAAACCACACCUAUUGAAUAUAUCCAUUGAUAUAUCUAUUAAAACCUUAUGUUACGGGAUUGAGACAUUGGACGUUUAUGAACUGUGCCGCAUCAGUUUCAGUAAGGAUAUUAUGCGGUUUGUGAAAUCUUAAGAAGAACCCGUUUUCUAGGGACUGUGUAAUACCAUAAGACAUUGGGUAGAGCAUGAUGUCCGUCCAGUGCGAUACAGAGUGAUUCUGAAUGUAAUUGAAGAUUCCCCUGGCUGGCUAACAAUGGUAUUAGAUUGUGCCAUCAGAACUUGAUGCAGGUCAGAGAAAGCUGCGGGAAAAGCGUCAUAUGAAGGAUGAUUUAGGUACUGCAGUGGGCUGCACGGCAUAGCCUGUGCAAGCUUGACUGAGCCGCCUUGAGGAUCAAAACACAACCUGAAACCAUUCCAUUGAGUGGUUGACAGCAGGCUGUUGAUAUAAAUUUCCUACGUUUAGUAGGGGUGACUGUGUGUAUACCUUGUUAAGGUAAUAUGAACGCAAUUCGCAUCUCAAGUAGAAUAUUAUUUAGUUUAAUCGUCUGAAUAAGUUGUUUAAAAGAGAGGUAAUGUAAGCUUGUUUCUGGGCAUUUAAUCAAGUGGUAAUCGUGUGUCACAGGGGAAGAUGUAAUUUAAUGUUUGAUAGUCAAAUUAGGAGUCUAAGGGGAGUCUUUUCAUGGUUAUUCCAUCUUGCACCUUUUUGCCACAAAUAAGUCAUACUUCGGCAGUCAAAGGGUGUGUUAAUGGUUGCUUGGAAAAAUCAUUUCGUCCUCUACCCAGCACUGCUUUGGGUGCUAAUUCGACAAAUGAAAACCGUUUACCACAUUCCUGGGCUGCUUGUUCUUCUUGUACAUCCCUACGGUAGAAAGUCUGGAAAAAUUGCAAUAAUUUGAAUGCAGGUUUCCUCGACUUCUACUGAUUAAAACAACGUGAUACAUCCUGGCAAGGAUUAGUUGGUCUUGUCGCUCGAUAAAUUUUAUUUUAUUUAAUCCCAACCUCGUUCCUAGGGCAUUUCCGUGGAUAUCUAUCAAUAAGAGGAUUAAUCUAAUAGCAUGUAAAAGUCACAGUUUUGACACAGACUUCAUAACCAGGGAAGCAGGUUAACACUAAUCAAGGGAUAAAUGAGGUUGUUAUCCAAUAAAAUGUCUCAUCACCAUAUUUAUCCCUGGAUAAGCGCUAACCUGCUUUUUAGGAACCGGGCCCAGGAGAGCAUUCCGCCCUGCUCUGAUAUGCUUUCAAGCAUGGCUUUCCCCUGCUACCUGCUAGUUGUUGCCUAGUUGAGUGUGAAGGUGGCCACACUAGAUCGUGUUGCACUGCAACAGCUCAUUCGACAAACUUCUGCCAUUUUGUCAUCACCAACUUGAAAUGAAAUGAUGAAUGAUUUUAUGUAGUUUAAUUGCUGGACAGCUAAGUUGGUGCUUUUGAUAGAAAUGAAACUAAAUUAUAUUGUAGUAUAUAUGAACAAUGUGUAGUGUGCUUAGCUUAAAGCUAUUUGAGAAUGACUCAAGACAGGUUGUAACUUUUUUGAAUGAUUUUGUAGUUUGUGCCUGACGUCUAGUAGCUCAACAUAUCUAUGCAUUUUGCGUUAUAUCAACGAAGAAACAAUAAUCAGUUUUCUGUAAACGUGAAA